CUUAUUGUUUCUUGUUCAAUUCAAUUUAAACCAAACAAAAUGCGUCGCUCAGGCGCUGUUACUGUCAUCGCUUGUGCGGUUUUGGCCCUUCUAACUAUGGCCGAUCCGGUAAGAAGUGAGGGACAAUAUACAAUCGUUGGACCGGGAACCAUACAUUCUCAUCGAGAUUACAAUGUGGCUGUCGCCGUGCAUCACACCAAGGAGCCAGUUACCUUGAAGAUUGGUAUUACGGGACCCUCGUACAAUGA